AUGCAUUGGUAUUUUAUCUUUACCGUUGUUCCACUUGUUCUAUGUAACAGACCUAUAUCUACUAUUACUACUGAUCAAAUUAUCGAUACAUUAAUACGAGCUCUAAAAUUUUUUUCAUUACAUACUAAUCAAGUUAAUCUGGAUGCAGGCAUUGGUACACGAAUUGUUGCUGAUCAAUUAAAACCUUAUAUAUUAUGUAAACAAGGAAGAUCUGUAAAAAAACUUGUCGAUUUAAGUGAAUAUGUUACUUGGCAAAUAGUUCAAUCUGUUCGUAAUCGACAACCGAAUUAUUAUGCACAAUUAUCAUUUCUUCUUAUGCCGGGUACUUUUUCAAAUAUUGAACCUUUUCAAUUUCAUAGACACAAAGAUCAAAUCAAUGCUGAAAACAAAUGUUCUUCAUCAGUAUUUAUUGAAAAAAUUUCAGAUCAAUGUCUUCAUGCAUUAGGAUUUGCUAAAUGCAAUGAAACCCACUCAUGUAUUAAGUUAAUGAAUGAUCCAUAUGCAUGCCGCUAUUCCCUUACUCAUCAAAUUCUCUAUUCAAUAAUUGCAAAAAAAUCUUCAUGCUAUAAUCAAUAUCGAUUAUCACUGUUUGAUAAAUAUCAAAUGGUUUCAAGAAUGUUCGAUGAAAGUCAAGCUAUUGCUAAGAAAAAUUUUGUUGAAUCUGAUCGUGAUUUAUUUAUGGAACAAAUUGCAUUAGGUGGUCUUGUUGGAUGGAAUGAAUUUUUUCAAAAUAUAAAUUGGUUUAAUGCAAUAAUUAGUUGGCAACAUCCUAUUGAAGGUUGUUAUGGUAAUGAUACUGUUCAUAUGAAUAAACGUGAAGAAAUGCAAAUGUUACAUCAAUGUCUUAGUCAUCGAACAAGUGUAGCAAUAGCAGCACUUUCACAAAUUCUUCGAUAUCUGUUGUCUAGAGACAUCUAA